AUGGCAAGAAAUAAGGUGAAAAAAUUCACUGCUUUGGAGAUCACACUCAGUGUCCUUCUGCUGGCAGUGUUCGUCAUCGCUGUUGUUCUAAUUGUGCUUUUAGCCACAGGUCCUACAGAAUUAAAAGAUCCUGGAACCACGAGUAUCACCCCUAAUUCUACCGAGUGCCCAGUGGUAACCGAAUCCGAACGGAUAAACUGCAUCCCUGACCAGCUACCCACAAAGACCACAUGUGACCUGCGUGGCUGCUGUUGGGAACCUCAGGGAGCCAUAAGUAUUCCGUGGUGCUACUAUUCCAAAAAUCAUGGCUACCAAGUGCUGGGGGAUGCUGUAAGCACAAAUGCAGGAUUCACAGUCCAGUUGAGAACUCUGCCUUCUUCAUCCCCAUUUGGAAAGGAUAUAGACAACGUCCUUCUCACAGCGGAAUACCAGACAUCUAACCGCUUCCACUUUAAGUUGACUGACCAAACCAAGGGCAGGUAUGAAGUGCCCCAUGAACAUGUACAACCCUUCAAUGAAAAUGCUGCUGCUUCCUUGAACUAUGAAGUUGAGGUCUCUAAACAGCCAUUUAGCAUCAAGGUGACCAGAAGAAGCAACAAUCGUAUUCUGUUCGACUCAAGCAUCGGGCCCCUCCUGUUUGCUGAUCAGUUCCUGCAGCUCUCCAUCCGCCUACCGAGUGCUAACGUGUAUGGUCUGGGAGAACAUGUGCACCAACAGUACCGGCAUGACAUGAAUUGGAAGACCUGGCCCAUAUUUAACAGGGACACAACCCCCAAUGAGGAUGGAACUAACUUGUAUGGCACUCAGACAUUUUUCCUGUGCCUUGAAGAUGCUAGUGGAUUAUCCUUUGGGGUGUUUCUGAUGAACAGCAAUGCCAUGGAGGUCACCCUUCAGCCAACCCCAGCAAUCACUUACCGCACCACUGGGGGCAUUCUUGACUUCUAUGUGUUCUUGGGAAACACACCAGAGCAAGUUGUUCAAGAAUAUCUAGAGCUCAUUGGACGGCCAGCUCUGCCUUCAUACUGGGCACUUGGAUUCCACCUCAGCAGGUAUGAGUAUGGAACCCUAGAAAACAUGAAAGAAGUCUGGAACAGAAACCGGGCAGCGCAACUCCCUUAUGAUGUUCAACAUGGUGACAUUGAUUAUAUGGAUGAGUGGAGGGACUUCACGUAUGACCCAGUGAAUUUUAAUGGCUUCCCUGAGUUUGUUAAGGAGUUGCACAAUAAUGGACAGAAAUUUGUCAUCAUUGUGGAUCCAGCCAUCUCCAACAACUCUUCCCAGAGCAAUCCCUAUGGCCCAUACGACAGGGGCUCUGCUAUGAAGAUAUGGGUGAAUAGCUCAGAUGGAGUGAAUCCACUCAUUGGGGAGGUCUGGCCUGGUAAAACUGUGUUUCCUGAUUAUACCAAUCCCAACUGUGCUGUUUGGUGGGCAAAGGAAUUUGAGCUUUUCCACAGUGAAGUGGAGUUUGAUGGAAUCUGGAUUGAUAUGAAUGAAGUCUCCAACUUUGUUGAUGGUUCAGUUUCAGGAUGUUCCACAAGCAACCUCAAUUAUCCCCCCUUCACUCCAAGAGUCCUGGAUGGGUGCCUCUUCUGCAAGAGUCUCUGCAUGGAUGCAGUGCAGCACUGGGGCCAGCAGUACAACGUCCACAAUCUCUAUGGCUACUCCAUGGCCAUCGCCACAGCAGAAGCUGUCAAGACUGUGUUCCCUAAUAAGAGAAGCCUCAUCAUAACCCGUUCUACCUUUGCGGGAUCUGGCAAGUUUGCAGCCCAUUGGUUAGGAGACAAUGCAGCCACCUGGAAUGACCUUCAGUGGUCCAUCCCUGCCAUGCUUGAGUUCAACCUUUUUGGUAUUCCAAUGGUGGGUGCAGACAUAUGUGGCUUUGCACUGGAUGCCCCCGAGGAGCUCUGCAGGCGGUGGAUGCAGCUGGGAGCAUUUUAUCCAUUUUCCAGAAAUCACAAUGGCCGAGAAUACAAGGACCAGGAUCCUGCCUCCUUUGGAGCUGACUCCUUGCUGAUGAAUUCCUCCAGGCACUACCUUAACAUUCGCUAUACUUUAUUGCCUUACCUGUACACUCUCUUCUACCGUGCUCAUAGCCGGGGGGACACAGUGGCCAGACCUCUUCUGCAUGAGUUCUACGAGGACAGUGACACUUGGGAUGUGCACCGGCAGUUUUUAUGGGGCCCAGGCCUCCUCAUCACUCCAGUUCUGGACGAGGGUGCAGAGAAAGUAAUGGCAUAUGUGCCUGAUGCCAUCUGGUACGACUAUGAGACUGGGGGCCAAUUGAGAUGGAGGAAGCAAAAAGUUGAGAUGGAAAUUCCUGGAGACAAAAUCGGACUUCACCUUCGAGGAGGCUAUAUCUUCCCCACACAACAGCCAAGUACCACGACUGUGGCCAGCCGACGGAACCCUCUUGGACUCAUCAUUGCCCUGAAUGAGAACAAAGAAGCAACGGGAGAACUUUUCUGGGAUGAUGGGGAAACAAAAGAUACUGUGGUCAAUAAACUUUAUCUAUUAUGUGAAUUUUCUGCAACCCAAAACCGCCUGGAUGUGAAGAUUUCACAAUCAACCUACAAGGACCCUAAUAAUUUAGCAUUUCAGGAGAUUAAAAUCUUUGGGACACAGGAACCCAGCAACAUUACAGUGAAACACAAUGGUGUCCUGAGUCAGACUUCUCCCAAGGUCACAUAUGAUGCUAGCCUGAAGGUUGCCAUCAUCAGCGAGAUCAGUCUUGUCCUUGGAGAGGAAUACACAGUGGAGUGGGACAUAAUCAUCAGGGACGAAGAAAAAAUAGACUGCUACCCUGAUGAGCAUGGUGCUUCUGAAGAAAACUGCAUUGCCCGUGGCUGCGCCUGGGAGGAAUCCAGUUCUCUUGGAGUCCCUUACUGUUAUUUUGUCAAUGACCUGUACUCUGUCAGCAAUGUCCAGUACAACUCCCAUGGGGCCACAGCUGACAUCUCCUUAAAGUCUUCUGUGUAUGCCAACACCUUCCCUUCCACACCUGUGAACCCCCUGCACCUGCAGGUGACCUACCAUAAGGAUGAGAUGCUGCAAUUUAAGAUUUAUGAUCCCAACAAUAGUCGGUAUGAAGUCCCAGUCCUCUUGAACAUAACCAGGGCUCCAACCAGCACCUCUGAGAGUCGACUCUAUGAUGUCUUCAUUAAGGAGAAUCCUUUCGGGAUUGAAGUUCGCCGGAAGAGUACAGGCACUGUAAUCUGGGACUCUCAGCUCCUCGGCUUCACCUUCAAUGACAUGUUCAUCCGCAUCUCCACCCGCCUUCCCUCCAAGUACAUCUAUGGCUUUGGGGAAAAUGAGCACACAGCUUUCAGGAGAGACUUGAACUGGCACACAUGGGGCAUGUUUUCCAGAGACGAACCCCCUGGGUACAAGAAGAAUUCCUAUGGUGUCCACCCCUACUACAUGGGACUGGAGGAGGAUGGCAGUGCCCAUGGAGUUCUCCUGCUGAACAGCAACGCCAUGGAUGUGACAUUCCAGCCCACACCUGCCCUCACAUACCGUACCACAGGGGGAAUUCUGGAUUUUUAUGUGUUCCUGGGGCCAACUCCAGAGCUUGUCACCCAACAGUACACGGAGGUGAUUGGCCGGCCUGUGAUGGUACCUUACUGGUCCCUGGGGUUCCAGCUGUGUCGCUAUGGUUACGAGAGUGACUCUGAGAUCGCCAGCUUGUAUGAUGAGAUGGUGGCUGCCCAGAUCCCAUAUGAUGUGCAGUACUCCGACAUUGACUACAUGGAGCGGCAGCUGGACUUCACCCUGAGCCCCAACUUUGCUGGGUUUCCAGCUCUGAUCAAUCGCAUGAGGGCUGAUGGGAUGAGGGUCAUCCUCAUCCUGGACCCAGCCAUUUCUGGCAAUGAGACUCAGCCCUAUCCUGCUUUCACUCGGGGAGUGGAGGAUGAUGUCUUCAUCAGAUAUCCAAAUGGUGGAGGCAUUGUGUGGGGAAAGGUCUGGCCUGAUUACCCUGAUAUUGUUAUUAACAGCUCUCUAGACUGGGACAGUCAAGUGGAGAAAUACCGAGCUUAUGUGGCCUUCCCAGACUUUUUCCGAAAUUCAACUGCCUUGUGGUGGAAGAGGGAAAUUGCAGAGCUGUACAGCAACCCGCAGAAUCCAGAGAGGAGCUUGAAGUUUGAUGGCAUGUGGAUUGAUAUGAAUGAACCAUCGAGCUUUGUCAAUGGGGCUGUUCCUUCAGGCUGCAGUGAUCCCAGUCUGAACCGUCCUCCUUAUAUGCCACAUCUGGAGUCCAGGGACCGGGGCCUGAGCAGUAAGACCCUGUGCAUGGAGAGUGAGCAGAUUCUUGCAGAUGGCUCCCGGGUGCGACAUUAUGAUGUGCACAGCCUGUAUGGGUGGUCCCAGACCAGACCCACCUAUGAGGCUGUGCAGGAGGUGACUGGCCAGCGAGGGAUCGUCAUCACCCGCUCCACAUUCCCUUCUUCUGGCCGCUGGGGAGGACACUGGCUGGGAGACAACACAGCCGCGUGGGACCAGCUGAAGAAAUCUAUCAUUGGCAUGAUGGAGUUCAGCCUGUUUGGCAUCUCCUAUACGGGAGCAGAUAUCUGUGGGUUCUUUGAAGAUGCUGAGUAUGAGAUGUGUGCUCGCUGGAUGCAGCUGGGAGCCUUUUACCCCUUCUCCAGGAACCACAACACCAUUGGCACCAAGAGACAAGACCCUGUGUCCUGGGAUGCUGCCUUUGUGGAUAUUUCCAGAAGUGUGCUAGAGACCCGGUACACCCUGUUGCCUUAUCUGUACACCUUGAUGUUCAAGGCCCACACGGAGGGCAGCACUGUGGUGCGGCCUCUUCUGCACGAGUUCGUGUCAGACAGGGUGACCUGGGACAUAGAUGAUCAGUUUCUGCUGGGUCCAGCCUUCCUGGUCAGCCCAGUCCUGCAGCCUAGUGCCAGAAGUGUCACCGCCUAUUUCCCUGCGGCCCGCUGGUACGAUUUCUACACGGGUGUGGAUAUUAAUGCGCGGGGAGUGUGGAAGGAGUUGGCAGCCCCUCUGGAGCACAUUAACCUUCAUGUCCGUGGGGGCUACAUCCUGCCCUGGCAGGAGCCUGCCCGGAACACCCACUUGAGUCGACGGAAGUCUCUUGGUCUCAUCAUCGCCCUGGAUGAGAACAACAAAGCAGCAGGAGAACUUUUCUGGGAUGAUGGGGAAUCCAUAGACACUGUGGCCAACAAAGUGUAUCUUUUCUGUGAGUUUUCUGCCACCCAAAACCGCCUGGAUGUGAAGAUUUCACAGUCUACCUACAAGGACCCCAAUAAUUUAGCAUUUCAGGAGAUUAAGAUCUUUGGGACACAGGAACCCAGCAACGUUAGAGUGAAACACAAUGGUGUCCUGAGUCCGGCUUCUCCCAUGGUCACAUAUGAUGCUAGCCUGAAGGUUGCCAUCAUCAGCGAGAUCAGUCUUGUCCUUGGAGAGGAAUACACAGUGGAGUGGGACAUAAUCAUCAGGGACGAAGAAAAAAUAGACUGCUACCCUGAUGAGCAUGGUGCUUCUGAAGAAAACUGCAUUGCCCGUGGCUGCGCCUGGGAGGAAUCCAGUUCUCUUGGAGUCCCUUACUGUUAUUUUGUCAGUGACCUGUACUCUGUCAGCAAUGUCCAGUACAACUCCCAUGGGGCCACAGCUGACAUCUCCUUAAAGUCUUCUGUGUAUGCCAACACCUUCCCUUCCACACCUGUGAACCCCCUGCACCUGCAGGUGACCUACCAUAAGGAUGAAAUGCUGCAAUUUAAGAUUUAUGAUCCCAACAACCAUCGGUAUGAAGUCCCAGUCCCCUUGAACAUAACCAGGGCUGCAACCAGCACCUCUGAGAGUCGACUCUAUGAUGUCCUCAUUAAGGAGAAUCCUUUUGGGAUUGAAAUUCGCCGGAAGAGUACAGGCACUGCAAUCUGGGACUCUCAGCUCCUUGGCUUCACCUUCAAUGACCUGUUCAUCCGCAUCUCCACCCGCCUUCCCUCCAAGUACAUCUAUGGCUUUGGGGAAAAUGAGCACACAGCCUUCAGGAGAGACUUGAACUGGCACACAUGGGGCAUGUUUUCCAGAGACGAACCCCCUGGGUAUAAGAAGAAUUCCUAUGGUGUCCACCCCUACUACAUGGGUCUGGAGGAGGACGGCAGUGCCCAUGGAGUUCUCCUGCUGAACAGCAACGCCAUGGAUGUGACAUUCCAGCCCACACCUGCCCUCACAUACCGUACCACAGGGGGAAUUUUGGAUUUUUAUGUGUUCCUGGGGCCAACUCCAGAGCUUGUCACCCAACAGUACACUGAGGUGAUUGGCCGGCCUGUGAUGGUACCUUACUGGUCCCUGGGGUUCCAGCUGUGUCGCUAUGGAUAUGAGAGUGACUCUGAGAUUGCCAGCUUGUAUGAUGAGAUGGUGGCGGCCCAGAUCCCCUAUGAUGUGCAAUACUCCGACAUCGACUACAUGGAGCGGCAGCUGGACUUCACCCUGAGCCCCAACUUUGCUGGGUUUCCAGCUCUGAUCAAUCGCAUGAGGGCUGAUGGGAUGAGGGUCAUCCUCAUCCUGGACCCAGCCAUUUCUGGCAAUGAGACUCAGCCCUAUCCUGCUUUCACUCGGGGAGUGGAGGAUGAUGUCUUCAUCAGAUAUCCAAACGGAGGAGGCAUUGUGUGGGGAAAGGUCUGGCCUGAUUACCCUGAUAUUGUUAUUAACAGCUCUCUAGACUGGGACAGUCAAGUGGAGAAAUACCGAGCUUAUGUGGCCUUCCCAGACUUUUUCCGAAAUUCAACUGCCUUGUGGUGGAAGAGGGAAAUUGCAGAGCUGUACAACCCGCAGAAUCCAGAGAGGAGCUUGAAGUUUGAUGGCAUGUGGAAUUGUAAGUGUGAUAUGAAUGAACCAUCGAGCUUUGUCAAUGGGGCUGUUCCUUCAGGCUGCAGUGAUCCCAGUCUGAACCGUCCUCCUUAUAUGCCACAUCUGGAGUCCAGGGACCGGGGCCUGAGCAGUAAGACCCUGUGCAUGGAGAGUGAGCAGAUUCUUGCAGAUGGUUCCCGGGUGCGACAUUAUGAUGUGCACAGCCUGUAUGGGUGGUCCCAGACCAGACCCACCUACGAGGCUGUGCAGGAGGUGACUGGCCAGCGAGGGAUCGUCAUCACCCGCUCCACAUUCCCCUCUUCUGGCCGCUGGGGAGGGCACUGGCUGGGAGACAACACAGCCGCGUGGGACCAGCUGAAGAAAUCUAUCAUUGGCAUGAUGGAGUUCAGCCUGUUUGGCAUCUCCUAUACGGGAGCAGAUAUCUGUGGGUUCUUUGAAGAUGCUGAGUAUGAGAUGUGUGCUCGCUGGAUGCAGCUGGGAGCCUUUUACCCCUUCUCCAGGAACCACAACACCAUUGGCACCAAGAGACAAGACCCUGUGUCCUGGGAUGCUGCCUUUGUGGAUAUUUCCAGAAGUGUGCUAGAGACCCGGUACACCCUGUUGCCUUAUCUGUACACCUUGAUGUUCAAGGCCCACAUGGAGGGCAGCACUGUGGUGCGGCCUCUUCUGCAUGAGUUCGUGUCAGACAGGGUGACCUGGGACAUAGAUGAUCAGUUUCUGCUGGGUCCAGCCUUCCUGGUCAGCCCAGUCCUGCAGCCUAGUGCCAGAAGUGUCACCGCCUAUUUCCCUGCGGCCCGCUGGUACGAUUUCUACACGGGUGUGGAUAUUAAUGCGCGGGGAGUGUGGAAGGAGUUGGCAGCCCCUCUGGAGCACAUUAACCUUCAUGUCCGUGGGGGCUACAUCCUGCCCUGGCAGGAGCCUGCCCGGAACACCCACUUGAGUCGACGGAAGUCUCUUGGUCUCAUCAUCGCCCUGGAUGAGAACAACAAAGCAGCAGGAGAACUUUUCUGGGAUGAUGGGGAAUCCAUAGACACUGUGGCCAACAAAGUGUAUCUUUUCUGUGAGUUUUCUGCCACCCAAAACCGCCUGGAUGUGAAGAUUUCACAGUCUACCUACAAGGACCCCAAUAAUUUAGCAUUUCAGGAGAUUAAGAUCUUUGGGACACAGGAACCCAGCAACGUUAGAGUGAAACACAAUGGUGUCCUGAGUCCGGCUUCUCCCAAGGUCACAUAUGAUGCUAGCCUGAAGGUUGCCAUCAUCAGCGAGAUCAGUCUUGUCCUUGGAGAGGAAUACACAGUGGAGUGGGACAUAAUCAUCAGGGACGAAGAAAAAAUAGACUGCUACCCUGAUGAGCAUGGUGCUUCUGAAGAAAACUGCAUUGCCCGUGGCUGCGCCUGGGAGGAAUCCAGUUCUCUUGGAGUCCCUUACUGUUAUUUUGUCAAUGACCUGUACUCUGUCAGCAAUGUCCAGUACAACUCCCAUGGGGCCACAGCUGACAUCUCCUUAAAGUCUUCUGUGUAUGCCAACACCUUCCCUUCCACACCUGUGAACCCCCUGCACCUGCAGGUGACCUACCAUAAGGAUGAAAUGCUGCAAUUUAAGAUUUAUGAUCCCAACAACCAUCGGUAUGAAGUCCCAGUCCCCUUGAACAUAACCAGGUCUCCAACCAGCACCUCUGAGAGUCGACUCUAUGAUGUCCUCAUUAAGGAGAAUCCUUUUGGGAUUGAAAUUCGCCGGAAGAGUACAGGCACUGUAAUCUGGGACUCUCAGCUCCUCGGCUUCACCUUCAAUGACAUGUUCAUCCGCAUGUCCACCCGCCUUCCCUCCAAGUACAUCUAUGGCUUCGGGGAAAAUGAGCACACAGCCUUCAGGAGAGACUUGAACUGGCACACAUGGGGCAUGUUUUCCAGAGACGAACCCCCUGGGUACAAGAAGAAUUCCUAUGGUGUCCACCCCUACUACAUGGGUCUGGAGGAGGACGGCAGUGCCCAUGGAGUUCUCCUGCUGAACAGCAACGCCAUGGAUGUGACAUUCCAGCCCACACCAGCCCUCACAUACCGUACCACAGGGGGAAUUUUGGAUUUUUAUGUGUUCCUGGGGCCAACUCCAGAGCUUGUCACCCAACAGUACACUGAGGUGAUUGGCCGGCCUGUGAUGGUACCUUACUGGUCCCUGGGGUUCCAGCUGUGUCGCUAUGGAUAUGAGAGUGACUCUGAGAUCGCCAGCUUGUAUGAUGAGAUGGUGGCGGCCCAGAUCCCCUAUGAUGUGCAAUACUCCGACAUCGACUACAUGGAGCGGCAGCUGGACUUCACCCUGAGCCCCAACUUUGCUGGGUUUCCAGCUCUGAUCAAUCGCAUGAGGGCCGAUGGGAUGAGGGUCAUCCUCAUCCUGGACCCAGCCAUUUCUGGCAAUGAGACUCAACCCUAUCCUGCUUUCACUCGGGGAGUGGAGGAUGAUGUCUUCAUCAGAUAUCCAAACGGAGGAGACAUUGUGUGGGGAAAGGUCUGGCCUGAUUACCCUGAUAUUGUUAUUAACAGCUCUCUAGACUGGGACAGUCAAGUGGAGAAAUACCGAGCUUAUGUGGCCUUCCCAGACUUUUUCCGAAAUUCAACUGCCUUGUGGUGGAAGAGGGAAAUUGCAGAGCUGUACAGCAACCCACAGAAUCCAGAGAGGAGCUUGAAGUUUGACGGCAUGUGGAUUGAUAUGAAUGAACCAUCGAGCUUUGUCAAUGGGGCUGUUCCUUCAGGCUGCAGUGAUCCUAGUCUGAACCGUCCUCCUUAUAUGCCACAUCUGGAGUCCAGGGACCGGGGCCUGAGCAGUAAGACCCUGUGCAUGGAGAGCGAGCAGAUUCUUGCAGAUGGCUCCCGGGUGCGACAUUAUGAUGUGCACAGCCUGUAUGGGUGGUCCCAGACCAGACCCACCUACGAGGCUGUGCAGGAGGUGACUGGCCAGCGAGGGAUCGUCAUCACCCGCUCCACAUUCCCCUCUUCUGGCCGCUGGGGAGGGCACUGGCUGGGAGACAACACAGCCGCGUGGGACCAGCUGAAGAAAUCUAUCAUUGGCAUGAUGGAGUUCAGCCUGUUUGGCAUCUCCUAUACGGGAGCAGAUAUCUGUGGGUUCUUUGAAGAUGCUGAGUAUGAGAUGUGUGCUCGCUGGAUGCAGCUGGGAGCCUUUUACCCCUUCUCCAGGAACCACAACACCAUUGGCACCAAGAGACAAGACCCUGUGUCCUGGGAUGCUGCCUUUGUGGAUAUUUCCAGAAGUGUGCUAGAGACCCGGUACACCCUGUUGCCUUAUCUGUACACCUUGAUGUUCAAGGCCCACACGGAGGGCAGCACUGUGGUGCGGCCUCUUCUGCAUGAGUUCGUGUCAGACAGGGUGACCUGGGACAUAGAUGAUCAGUUUCUGCUGGGUCCAGCCUUCCUGGUCAGCCCAGUCCUGCAGGCUAGUGCCAGAAGUGUCACCGCCUAUUUCCCUGCGGCCCGCUGGUACGAUUUCUACACGGGUGUGGAUAUUAAUGCGCGGGGAGUGUGGAAGGAGUUGGCAGCCCCUCUGGAGCACAUUAACCUUCAUGUCCGUGGGGGCUACAUCCUGCCCUGGCAGGAGCCUGCCCGGAACACCCACUUGAGUCGACGGAAGUCUCUUGGUCUCAUCAUCGCCCUGGAUGAGAACAACAAAGCAGCAGGAGAACUUUUCUGGGAUGAUGGGGAAUCCAUAGACACUGUGGCCAACAAAGUGUAUCUUUUCUGUGAGUUUUCUGCCACCCAAAACCGCCUGGAUGUGAAGAUUUCACAGUCUACCUACAAAGACCCCAAUAAUUUAGCAUUUCAGGAGAUUAAGAUCUUUGGGACACAGGAACCCAGCAAUGUUAUCGUGAAACACAAUGGUGUCCUGAGUCCGGCUUCUCCCAAGGUCACAUAUGAUGCUAGCCUGAAGGUUGCCAUCAUCAGCGAGAUCAGUCUUGUCCUUGGAGAGGAAUACACAGUGGAGUGGGACAUAAUCAUCAGGGACGAAGAAAAAAUAGACUGCUACCCUGAUGAGCAUGGUGCUUCUGAAGAAAACUGCAUUGCCCGUGGCUGCGCCUGGGAGGAAUCCAGUUCUCUUGGAGUCCCUUACUGUUAUUUUGUCAGUGACCUGUACUUUGUCAGCAAUAUCCAGUACAACUCCCAUGGGGCCACAGCUGACAUCUCCUUAAAGUCUUCUGUGUAUGCCAACACCUUCCCUUCCACACCUGUGAACCCCCUGCACCUUCAGGUGACCUACCAUAAGGAUGAAAUGCUGCAAUUUAAGAUUUAUGAUCCCAACAACCAUCGGUAUGAAGUCCCAGUCCCCUUGAACAUAACCAGGGCUCCAUCCAGCACCUCUGAGAGUCGACUCUAUGAUGUCCUCAUUAAGGAGAAUCCUUUUGGGAUUGAAAUUCGCCGGAAGAGUACAGGCACUGCAAUCUGGGACUCUCAGCUCCUUGGCUUCACCUUCAAUGACCUGUUCAUCCGCAUCUCCACCCGCCUUCCCUCCAAGUACAUCUAUGGCUUUGGGGAAAAUGAGCACACAGCCUUCAGGAGAGACUUGAACUGGCACACAUGGGGCAUGUUUUCCAGAGACGAACCCCCUGGGUACAAGAAGAAUUCCUAUGGUGUCCACCCCUACUACAUGGGUCUGGAGGAGGACGGCAGUGCCCAUGGAGUUCUCCUGCUGAACAGCAACGCCAUGGAUGUGACAUUCCAGCCCACACCUGCCCUCACAUACCGUACCACAGGGGGAAUUUUGGAUUUUUAUGUGUUCCUGGGGCCAACUCCAGAGCUUGUCACCCAACAGUACACUGAGGUGAUUGGCCGGCCUGUGAUGGUACCUUACUGGUCCCUGGGGUUCCAGCUGUGUCGCUAUGGAUAUGAGAGUGACUCUGAGAUCGCCAGCUUGUAUGAUGAGAUGGUGGCGGCCCAGAUCCCCUAUGAUGUGCAAUACUCCGACAUCGACUACAUGGAGCGGCAGCUGGACUUCACCCUGAGCCCCAACUUUGCUGGGUUUCCAGCUCUGAUCAAUCGCAUGAGGGCCGAUGGGAUGAGGGUCAUCCUCAUCCUGGACCCAGCCAUUUCUGGCAAUGAGACUCAACCCUAUCCUGCUUUCACUCGGGGAGUGGAGGAUGAUGUCUUCAUCAGAUAUCCAAACGGAGGAGACAUUGUGUGGGGAAAGGUCUGGCCUGAUUACCCUGAUAUUGUUAUUAACAGCUCUCUAGACUGGGACAGUCAAGUGGAGAAAUACCGAGCUUAUGUGGCCUUCCCAGACUUUUUCCGAAAUUCAACUGCCUUGUGGUGGAAGAGGGAAAUUGCAGAGUUGUACAGCAACCCGCAGAAUCCAGAGAGGAGCUUGAAGUUUGACGGCAUGUGGAUUGAUAUGAAUGAACCAUCGAGCUUUGUCAAUGGGGCUGUUCCUUCAGGCUGCAGUGAUCCCAGUCUGAACCGUCCUCCUUAUAUGCCACAUCUGGAGUCCAGGGACCGGGGCCUGAGCAGUAAGACCCUGUGCAUGGAGAGCGAGCAGAUUCUUGCAGAUGGCUCCCGGGUGCGACAUUAUGAUGUGCACAGCCUGUAUGGGUGGUCCCAGACCAGACCCACCUACGAGGCUGUGCAGGAGGUGACUGGCCAGCGAGGGAUCGUCAUCACCCGCUCCACAUUCCCCUCUUCUGGCCGCUGGGGAGGACACUGGCUGGGAGACAACACAGCCGCGUGGGACCAGCUGAAGAAAUCUAUCAUUGGCAUGAUGGAGUUCAGCCUGUUUGGCAUCUCCUAUACGGGAGCAGAUAUCUGUGGGUUCUUUGAAGAUGCUGAGUAUGAGAUGUGUGCUCGCUGGAUGCAGCUGGGAGCCUUUUACCCCUUCUCCAGGAACCACAACACCAUUGGCACCAAGAGACAAGACCCUGUGUCCUGGGAUGCUGCCUUUGUGGAUAUUUCCAGAAGUGUGCUAGAGACCCGGUACACCCUGUUGCCUUAUCUGUACACCUUGAUGUUCAAGGCCCACACGGAGGGCAGCACUGUGGUGCGGCCUCUUCUGCAUGAGUUCGUGUCAGACAGGGUGACCUGGGACAUAGAUGAUCAGUUUCUGCUGGGUCCAGCCUUCCUGGUCAGCCCAGUCCUGCAGCCUAGUGCCAGAAGUGUCACCGCCUAUUUCCCUGCGGCCCGCUGGUACGAUUUCUACACGGGUGUGGAUAUUAAUGCGCAGGGAGUGUGGAAGGAGUUGGCAGCCCCUCUGGAGCACAUUAACCUUCAUGUCCGUGGGGGCUACAUCCUGCCCUGGCAGGAGCCUGCCCGGAACACCCACUUGAGUCGACAGAAGUCUCUUGGUCUCAUCAUCGCCCUGGAUGAGAACAACGAAGCAGCAGGAGAACUUUUCUGGGAUGAUGGGGAAUCCAUAGACACUGUGACCAAUAAAGUGUAUCUUUUCUGUGAGUUUUCUGCCACCCAAAACCGCCUGGAUGUGACGAUUUCACAGUCUACCUACAAGGACCCCAAUAAUUUAGCAUUUCAGGAGAUUAAGAUCUUUGGGACACAGGAACCCAGCAACGUUACCGUGAUACACAAUGGUGUCCUGAGUCCGGUUUCUCCCAAGGUCACAUAUGAUGCUAGCCUGAAGGUUGCCAUCAUCAGCGAGAUCAGUCUUGUCCUUGGAGAGGAAUACACAGUGGAGUGGGACAUAAUCAUCAGGGACGAAGAAAAAAUAGACUGCUACCCUGAUGAGCAUGGUGCUUCUGAAGAAAACUGCAUUGCCCGUGGCUGCGCCUGGGAGGAAUCCAGUUCUCUUGGAGUCCCUUACUGUUAUUUUGUCAGUGAUCUGUACUCUGUCAGCAAUGUCCAGUACAACUCCCAUGGGGCCACAGCUGACAUCUCCUUAAAGUCUUCUGUGUAUGCCAACACCUUCCCUUCCACACCUGUGAACCCCCUGCACCUUCAGGUGACCUACCAUAAGGAUGAAAUGCUGCAAUUUAAGAUUUAUGAUCCCAACAACCAUCGGUAUGAAGUCCCAGUCCCCUUGAACAUAACCAGGGCUCCAACCAGCACCUCUGAGAGUCGACUCUAUGAUGUCCUCAUUAAGGAGAAUCCUUUUGGGAUUGAAAUUCGCCGGAAGAGUACAGGCACUGCAAUCUGGGACUCUCAGCUCCUUGGCUUCACCUUCAAUGACCUGUUCAUCCGCAUCUCCACCCGCCUUCCCUCCAAGUACAUCUAUGGCUUUGGGGAAAAUGAGCACACAGCCUUCAGGAGAGACUUGAACUGGCACACAUGGGGCAUGUUUUCCAGAGAUGAACCCCCUGGGUAUAAGAAGAAUUCCUAUGGUGUCCACCCCUACUACAUGGGUCUGGAGGAGGACGGCAGCGCCCACGGAGUUCUCCUGCUGAACAGCAACGCCAUGGAUGUGACAUUCCAACCCACACCUGCCCUCACAUACCGUACCACAGGGGGAAUUUUGGAUUUUUAUGUGUUCCUGGGGCCAACUCCAGAGCUUGUCACCCAACAGUACACUGAGGUGAUUGGCCGGCCUGUAAUGGUACCUUACUGGUCCCUGGGGUUCCAGCUGUGUCGCUAUGGAUACGAGAGUGACUCUGAGAUCGCCAGCUUGUAUGAUGAGAUGGUGGCGGCCCAGAUCCCCUAUGAUGUGCAGUACUCCGACAUUGACUACAUGGAGCGGCAGCUGGACUUCACCCUGAGCCCCAACUUUGCUGGGUUUCCAGCUCUGAUCAAUCGCAUGAGGGCUGAUGGGAUGAGGGUCAUCCUCAUCCUGGACCCAGCCAUUUCUGGCAAUGAGACUCAGCCCUAUCCUGCUUUCACUCGGGGAGUGGAGGAUGAUGUCUUCAUCAGAUAUCCAAACGGAGGAGACAUUGUGUGGGGAAAGGUCUGGCCUGAUUACCCUGAUAUUGUUAUUAACAGCUCUCUAGACUGGGACAGUCAAGUGGAGAAAUACCGAGCUUAUGUGGCCUUCCCAGACUUUUUCCGAAAUUCAACUGCCUUGUGGUGGAAGAGGGAAAUUGCAGAGCUGUACAGCAACCCGCAGAAUCCAGAGAGGAGCUUGAAGUUUGACGGCAUGUGGAUUGAUAUGAAUGAACCAUCGAGCUUUGUCAAUGGGGCUGUUCCUUCAGGCUGCAGUGAUCCCAGUCUGAACCGUCCUCCUUAUAUGCCACAUCUGGAGUCCAGAGACCGGGGCCUGAGCAGUAAAACCCUGUGCAUGGAGAGUGAGCAGAUUCUUGCAGAUGGCUCCCGGGUGCGACAUUAUGAUGUGCACAGCCUGUAUGGGUGGUCCCAGACCAGACCCACCUACGAGGCUGUGCAGGAGGUGACUGGCCGGCGAGGGAUCGUCAUCACACGCUCCACAUUCCCCUCUUCUGGCCGCUGGGGAGGACACUGGCUGGGAGACAACACAGCCGCGUGGGACCAGCUGAAGAAAUCUAUCAUUGGCAUGAUGGAGUUCAGCCUGUUUGGCAUCUCUUAUACGGGAGCAGAUAUCUGUGGGUUCUUUGAAGAUGCUGAGUAUGAGAUGUGUGCUCGCUGGAUGCAGCUGGGAGCCUUUUACCCCUUCUCCAGGAACCACAACACCAUUGGCACCAAGAGACAAGACCCUGUGUCCUGGGAUGCUGCCUUUGUGGAUAUUUCCAGAAGUGUGCUAGAGACCCGGUACACCCUGUUGCCUUAUCUGUACACCUUGAUGUUCAAGGCCCACACGGAGGGCAGCACUGUGGUGCGGCCUCUUCUGCAUGAGUUCGUGUCAGACAGGGUGACCUGGGACAUAGAUGAUCAGUUUCUGCUGGGUCCAGCCUUCCUGGUCAGCCCAGUCCUGCAGGCUAGUGCCAGAAGUGUCACCGCCUAUUUCCCUGCGGCCCGCUGGUACGAUUUCUACACGGGUGUGGAUAUUAAUGCGCGGGGAGUGUGGAAGGAGUUGGCAGCCCCUCUGGAGCACAUUAACCUUCAUGUCCGUGGGGGCUACAUCCUGCCCUGGCAGGAGCCUGCCCGGAACACCCACUUGAGCCGCCAGAAAUUCAUGGGCUUCAAGGUUGCCUUGGAUGAUGAGGGAUCUGCUGAGGGUUGGCUCUUCUGGGAUGAUGGGGAAAGCAUCGAUACUUUGGGACUCUAUUAUUUGGCCCGCUUUUCUGCCAGCCAGAAUACAAUGCAGAGUCAUAUAAUUUUUAACAAUUAUGUUGUUGCUACAAACCCUUUGAGAUUGGGCUACAUUGAAAUCUGGGGUGUGGGCAGUGUCUCCAUUACCAGUGUGAGCAUCUCUCUGAGGAGUGGAAAUGAAACACUCACCUUCACCCACAGCCCUGCAACACAGGUGUUGAACAUUGAUGUGACAAGCAAAAGCAUAAGCCUGCAUGAUUUCAUUUCAUUGACAUGGAGAAGCUCUCCGUAAAUUAUUAGAGCAAGAUCCUAACUUGGAACAACUCUGAAAAUCCUUAUACUUCAUACCCAUAAAAUUAUUGUGUGUUGUUAUUGAUUCAUGCCCAGUAUGGAUGAGAUAUUUUAUUGAUUUGGUUAUGUUCUGUCUGUGAAUCCUGAAGGUUAAAUUUUAGCCCUGUGGGAGAGAGGUGUGGAAAAUCUAUGGGUUGUUUUAAUGCAACCGUGUAAAUAGUAUGGUGCAGAGGAUUCAUCAAAUGAGGACGAGCUGGGUCCAUAAAGUGUAUGUGUGCGUGUGUGCAUGUUUGUGUGCAUGUAAUCAUGGAAUUGGCCCUACCUUCUUGCUAUGGAUAUAGAAAAAAGUCUUGCCACAACGGUUCCUGGUCUUGAAGCUAAGCAGUAGCUCAAGAAAGCAUUCAUAAAGCGCAUCUGCUAGUUGCUUACAGGGAGAAGGGAAAAUAUGCUAAGAGCAUGAUGUAAGAGGGUAAAGAGAAACCUCCAGGAAAGGUAAGCAGGAAAGAGUCGAGGCCACAAAUGAUGAUGACAAAAUUGAUCAUAAAUUGUCAGGAAUAGUGGCCUCAUGGGGAAGGGAAAGAAGAGUCAACUCACUUGAAGAGAGUGGUAGAGGAGCUGGGGUAUAAAAGAUAAUUUAUUUUCACUGUAGUGUGUUUUGAAAUGUAUAAAUCUUGUUUAUCUACCCUGCCUAAUGUAUGUAACCCAAUUCACACAAACACUUGUAAUUUACAUGUCAUAGAAAAAUAA